UGGAAGAGAGGUGGCCUCUUAUGGGGUCAUUCCCCCUCUGCCUCACUGUCAGCCUUUUGCUUCAAGGAAGAGGUGACACAUUCACCAUCAAUUGCUCAGGGUUAGGCCAGCAUGGGGUGGACCCUGAUGCCUUCCACGGAGUAUUUGACAGAAAGAUCUUCCAUCCAUUCAUCAACUACAGCAUCCCCACUCAUGUCAACCUCUCCUUCACCCUGUCUGCCAUCCUGGAAGUGGAUGCACAGCUCCAGCUGCUGACAUCAUUCCUGUGGAUGAAUUUGGUAUGGGAUCAUCCACUCAUCCACUGGAACCCAGAAGAGUGUAUUGGCCUCAAUAAACUCACACUAUCAGCAGAAAACCUGUGGAUCCCAGACAUCUUCAUUGUGGAAUCCAUGGAAAAGCAUCAGACACCUCCAGGUCUCAUGGCUUACGUCAGCAGUGAAGGUCGAAUAACGUAUAAAAAGCCAAUGCGGGUGACCAGCAUCUGUAACCUGGACAUCUUCUACUUCCCUUUCAACCAACAGAACUGUACUUUCACUUUCAGUUCUUUUCUGUACACAGUGGAUAACAUGCUACUGGGCAUGAACAAGGAAGUAUGGGAGAUAACAGACACAUCUUGUAACCUCAUUCAGACCCACAGAGAGUGGGAGCUCCUUGGCAUCAACAAGGCCACCCCAAAGAUGUCGAUGGGCAGCAACCUCUAUGACCAGAUCACAUUCUAUGUGGCCAUCAGGCGCAGGCCCAGCCGCUACGUGAUAAACCUUCUGGUACCCAGUGGCUUUCUGGUUGCCAUUGACACCCUCAGCUUCUACCUGCCAGCGGAAAGCGAGAAUCGUGCCCCAUUCAAGAUAACCCUUCUCCUGGGCUACAAUGUCUUCCUGCUCAUGAUGAAUGACUUACUCCCUGCCAAUGGCACCCCCCUCAUCAGUAUCUACUUUGCCCUGUGCCUGUCCCUGAUGGUGGUCAGCCUGCUAGAGACCAUCUUCAUCACCUACCUGCUGCACCUGGCCACCACCCAGCCCCCACCCAUGCUUCAGUGGCUCCACUCCCUGCUGCUACACUGCACCCGACCCUGGAAAUGUUGUCCCACUGCACCUCAGAAGGGAAACAAAGGCCUGGGUCUCGCCCCCUCCCACCUGCCUGGCCCGAAGGAGCCCGCGGAGUUGGUGGGGAAGGUGCCAGGUCCCAGAGAGGCAGAGGUAAGCGGGCACCCUGAGUCAACAUGGGCCCAGCUGGAGCAUGAGUUCCAGAAGCAGCACUCAGUUGACCUGUGGGUGCAGUUCAGCCACAUGAUGGACACGCUGCUCUUCCGCCUCUACCUGCUCUUCCUGGCGUCCUCCAUUGUGACAGUCAUCAUCCUCUGGAACACCUAG